AUGGUGGUAGUUCGACUUGGUCAGCUUUCUGACUUUACCCAGGCGCGAUAUGUCAUCCAUCUCUCCGACAAGAAACGCUUGGUGUUAUUCCGCCUUCCCGUAAUUGAUCCGUCGAAGAAGGUAGAUCGCGCGGCCAAUGAAACCGAUGAUGGUUGGACUUAUUACGCCAUGGAGGCGGAAUGCCCACAUGCAGGUGGUCCUAUGCAGGACUCUCAGAUCGAUAUCGAAGAUUCAGCAUACGUGGCCUCGUGCCCAUGGCAUGCGUAUGAUUUUAAUGUAGAGACUGGCGAAUCGAGCGUUGGCAUUAAGGCUUGCACAUUCCCGGUCGAUGUCCGUGGCGAAUACGUGACCUUGUUGUACAAUGCAGAGAACGGCUCUGAGGUCUCCCUGGUCAAGCUCGAGCCUGUCAGCGAAAAGUUCAAGUUGAAGGACGGCCGAGGUUCUAAGAACAAGACCGCCCCGCCACAGGACGUUUCGACAGCUCAGCAGAUCGAGUCGGGUCCCGUUAAAUAUCUUGAUGAAAACGCCACAGUGUGUGACUGGUGUGCUCAUAUUCUGAAUACGGCCCACCCGGAACAUAAAAUUGAAUUGACUCAUCAUUUGUUCUCUAUUCUUACUGAGAAGGAAUCGUCGUCGUCUCCCAUGCCUCUUGGAAGAGGAACUGUUUUACCUCCCGCUCAACCUCCACGGGAAGGAUUAUCUGAAGUCCAACCCUGGGCAAUACCUAAGGCUGGAAAAGGCGGCACAUUGAAAAGCCGAAUUGCCAUGCUGCAUGCGUUGGCCAAUAUUGAGCUCUGGGCCAUCGAUCUGGCAGUCGACAUAUGCAUACGGUUUGCGACAUUCCAGACGGACCCAACAUCACCAGGCGGCUCACGGGAACUGCCUCGUGCGUUCUUUCAUGACUGGCUCAAGGUAGCUAACGACGAAGCCAAACACUUCUCGCUACUGCGUGCGCGAAUAGAAGAAAUGGGUUCUUACUUUGGCGCAUUGCCUGUUCAUCACGGUCUCUGGGAAUCGGCUACUAUCACAGCUCAUGAUCUCAGGGCACGGAUCAGUAUUAUUGCACUUGUACACGAAGCCCGAGGUCUAGAUGUCAACCCAAUGACUAUUGACAAGUUCCGCAGGGCGGGCGAUACUGAGAGCGUUCAGAGCUUAGAGAUCAUUCAUAACGACGAAAUCACGCACGUUACGACUGGCCACAGAUGGUUGACAUGGAUCUGUCAAGAGGAGGGCACCGAUCCAGUCCACGUUUUCCGCAGUAAUGUACGGAAGUACUUCCGGGGCUACAUCAAGGAGCCUUUCAAUGCCGAAGCUAGGGCGCAAGCCGGCUUGGAUGGGCGGUACUAUCACAAUCUGGAAGGAAUACCCUUGGCUUGA